UCAAAAGACAUCAUAAAAUUUUAACAAAAACACGAAAACAGAGAAUUUAUUUAUUAAAAAUACAAAUUAAUACGAUCAAAAAGCACAAAUAUGGAAACAAGGCCAGUUUGGUGUAUCCUUGGAUCAGGUGGUCAUACAGCUGAAAUGUGCAUAAUAUUGCAAGGACUACUGCAGAAGACCAAAGAUCCUAACAAUUAUAAACCAAUGAAAUUUCUUGUGGCAAAUACAGAUAAAACUUCCAAGGACAAAAUACAAUUAACAAUGGAUGAGUUAAAACAAAACGUCAGCGAAGAUGAUUUCAUUUACAUACCACGAGCCCGAGAGGUAGGUCAGAGUUGGUUUACCACAGUCUUUACAUUUCUUUAUGCUCUGGUCUGGAGCUUUUGGUUAGUCUUUAAAGAGAAACCCCGCUUAAUAUUGUGCAACGGACCCGGCACUUGUGUACCCUUUUGUAUAGCCGGCUUUCUCUCGAAGCUAGCACGUAGAUCAAAAACAAAACUGGUGUAUGUGGAAAGUUUUUGCCGAGUUCAAGAGAUAUCGAUGUCAGGACGUAUACUCUUGCCCUAUUUGGAUGUUAUGAUUGUGCAGUGGGAACCACUGACGAGAAUUGAAUAUUUGGGACGUAAAAAGAUCAAAUAUUUUGGAAACAUUUUGUAAAUGUUUCUGCCAUAAAAAUUAUUAUAGAAAUCUAAGAUGUUAAAAAAUACACAAAGGUUUUUUGCAGAAAAACCAAAAUUUAAUUUAUAUCACGUAAUGUAACUUUAAAGGAAGGCGAUUAAUUGUUAUUGAUAGGAAAAUUUUAUAAAUUGAUAUUAGGUACAUACAUAUGUGUUUCCACAUAUCGUGUCAGUAAAAAUUUUACUUGUACAUACUUUGUUAUUGUAACAAAAUACAAGUUAAUUUUUCUAAACACCUUGUACUUAUUUCCUUUUUUACUUUUCAAUUUUGAUGAUUGAUAAAACAAAAGAGACUAAAAAUCUAUUAAAAUUUAAAACAGUCAGCACAUUAUUAAAUUAUUGAUAUUUUUUAUUAUAUUAAUUACAAAAUAAGCAAUAAUUCCAUAUUAAAGAAUUUAAAAAAAUAAAAAUUUUUAUAGCAGAUACCAAAUAUUGUUAUAGCAAACUAAACAAAAAAAUAACACAUGUAUUU